AUGAUCCCGUUCCCACCCAGCAAAACAAAGGCACCAAGCUUGCCGUCCCAGUCUGUGGCCAGGACAAUUGCUAGUUCUAUUCUGUACAACGAUGGUAUUACCCUACCGAAUCAAAUUCAUAACUUGGCUUCGAAGGCGCCCGAAGUCAUUCGGCUCCUCGACGAUUUUCUGGGAAAGCUACCUUCGCUGGUUAAGGACUCAGUUGAAAUUGACAAGAGACAGAGGGCUCGUAAACUACGUGCUAUAUCGGACUAUAAGGAGGUAUUCGUGCGCAGAUCGAUGACUAUUGAUGAGCGCAAAAAGGAACGCAAUCUACGAAAUCAGGCUCGUGAGUUGAACGAUAAAGAGUUCAUCGACAUAUCAAGAAGUCGUAUUCGAUUGCAGCUUUCUUAG